AUGGCGCGGGCCGCGGGCGCGCGGGGCCGGGCUGCACGAUGCGGGCGCUGGCGGCGGGGCGCGCUCCUCGCCUUCGCCGCGUGGACCGCCGGAUGGGUGCUGGCGGCCGCGCUGCUGCUCCGCGCGCACCCGAGCGUCCUCUCGGAGCGCUGCACCGACGAGAAGAGCCGGCGCAUCCUGGCCGCGCUGUGCCGGGACUAUCGCAGCGGCUGGCUCACAGGUGCUCUGUGCGAGGACCUGUGCGUGGCCGGGGAACUGCUGUACCAACGCUGCCUGUACUACGAGCGUGGCAAGAAGGUGCUGCAGGCCCAGUGGAGAGGCCGAACUGUGGUCCUCAAAUCCAAGAGGGAGGCUUUCUCCAGCUUCCCACCGCUCAACCUGCUGGGGGAGGAAGCCGGGCCAGGUGCUCCUGGCAUCCCCGACGCUGAGCUGCUCCUGAUGGUGGCUGGCGAAGUGAAGAACACGCUAGGUUUGGAGCUGCCCAACAACAGCAUAGUUCCUCUGUGGCCCGCCAGGCAGGGCCCUCGCUGGCGGCAACAGCUGGCCAGUGCGUGGUCGCUGCUCCAGCAAGAGGAAUACGUGUACUUCAGUCUGCUGCCAGAUCUGAGCCGCCACAUCCUACCGGUCCUGGGUUCCUGUGGCCACUUUUACGCAGUAGAGUACUUGGCUGCAGGUAGCCCUCACCACAGGGCUCUCUUCCCGCUGGGUGAUGCUGGCCAGGCACAGGCUAUUAGCCACAUCGCUCUCAGCUUCCUGGAUAUGGUGAGCCAUUUCGACAGUGACUUCUCCCACCGUCUCCACCUCUGUGAUGUCAAGCCUGAAAACUUUGCCAUCAAGAGGGACUUCACGGUGGUAGCUAUCGACGUAGACAUGGCGUUCUUUGAGCCUAAGAUGAGGGAAAUCCUCGAGCAAAACUGCACAGGAGACGAAGACUGCAACUUCUUUGACUGUUUCUCCAAGUGUGAUCUGAGAGCGCACAGGUGUGGAGCCCAGCGCGUGAACAGCAACCUGCAGGUCGUCUGUGAUAAAAUAUUUCGACGCUGGUUCUCCUCAACUCACAGGAGCCCCGCCGUCUCCCCCCAGCUUCGGCUGCAGCUACAGCAGGCUGUUCAGGAGUGUGCUCACCAAGAGGGUCCCUCUGGGAACUCCAGGACUGCAUCCUCUGGCGUGUUCUGGAAGCUUCGGUGGCUCCUGCAGGCCACUCUGAGAGAACUGCAGGAGGUGGAGAAGUAA